AUGUCGGGGAUUGCCGUAACUCUAGGAGGUACGGCUGUGAGCCACACUAGCAAGUCGCAACGUGUAGUGGCUCUGUCGACCACGGAAGCCGAAUAUAUCGCAGCCGGGGAGGGUGUCAAGGAGGCUCUAUUUGUGCGUGCGGUGUUAUCGUUUGUAGCGCCCGAGACGAGUUGGGCUAGCAUCCAGGUCCGCGAGGACAAUCAGGGGGCCAUGACGUUGGUGCAGAACCCCCUCAGUUCCGCGAGGAGCAAGCACAUCGACGUGCGCUUCCACUUCAUUCGCGAGCUGUUCAAGUCGGGUAGGAUCUCUGUAGAGUACGUCUCGACUGACGAGCAGCAUGCCGACCUGCUCACCAAAGCGCUGUGUCGGGUCAAACUAGAGUACCACCGGAAGGCUCUCAUGAAUCUGCCGGAGUAG